ACCUUCUUCGCCGUAGUAGGUUCCGUAAUUUCGCUCAGCGAAGAUGGCGGCGUGUAGACGUGUUCAGCGGCUGCUGCUGCUGUUGAUAUUCAUCUCCGGCUCGAUUUGUUCUGCUCGUGGAGCCAAAUCAGUUCACGGAGACAGUGAUAAUCCCGCAGACAAUAGCGAAAGAGGUAAAAAUCCAGCGGGAGAAGCGAAAGCAAUGGCGUUGGAGGGGGCCUCGUCGGUUCGUCGCAGCGGCGGCUGGAAGCUCGCAGAGGAGGCGGCCUGUCGGGAGGACGUGAGCCGGAUCUGCCCCAAACACUCCUGGAACAACAACCUGGCCGUGCUGGAGUGCCUGCAGGACCGAAAAGACGACACGGAGAUCGGUGCAGACUGCAAUCAUCUGCUGUGGAACUACAAGCUGAAUCUGACAACGGACCCAAAGUUUGAGUCUGUGGCCAUUGAGGUGUGCAAGACGACCAUCAAUGGGAUUAAGGAGUGUGCCGCUGAGGAACGUGGGAAGGGUUACCUGGUGUCGUGUUUAGUCGAUCACCGCACCAAUAUCUCAGAAUACCAGUGUAACCAGUACAUCACCAAGAUGACCAGUAUAGUGUUCAGUGAUUACCGGCUGAUCUGCGGCUUCAUGGACAAGUGCAAGGAGGAUAUCAACAAACUGCACUGUGGAAGCGUCAACACAGGAGAGAAGGAUAUCCACUCUCAAGGAGAAGUGAUCUCAUGUCUGGAGAAAGGCCUGGUGAGUGAAGCCGAAGAGCAGCCGGGUCACUACACCAUCAGAGAGGACUGUAAGAAGGCCAUCAUGCGCGUGGCCGAACUCUCUUCCGACGACUUCCACCUGGACCGCCACCUCUACUUCUCCUGCCGGGAAGACCGCGAGCGCUUCUGUGAAAACACUCCAGCCGGAGAGGGAAAGGUCUACAAAUGUCUGUUCAACCACAAGUAUGAGGAGAGCAUGUCAGACAAAUGCAAGGACGCUCUUUCCACUCGUCAGAAGCUAAUAGCUCAGGACUACAAAGUCAGCUACUCACUGGCUAAAGCCUGCAAACCGGACCUGCGUAAAUACCGUUGCAACAUGGACACGGCGAUGCCACGAGCGCGAGAGGCCAAGCUCUCGUACCUGCUGCUGUGUCUGGAGGCCGCCGUACAUCGCGGUCAAACCGUGAGCGGCGAGUGUCAGGGAGAGAUGCUGGACUACAGGCGGAUGCUGAUGGAAGAUUACUCCCUCAGUCCAGAGAUCGUGCUGCAUUGCCGAGGGGAGAUUGACACGCACUGCUCUGGCCUGCACCACAAGGGCCGGACCCUGCACUGCCUCAUGAGGGUGUUCCGGGACAAAGCCAUCAUGGAAGGCCACUGCCAGAAAGCUAUCCAGACGCUGAUUCAGGAAACAGACCCCGGGGCCGACUAUCGCAUCGACCGCGCUCUGAACGAGGCCUGCGAGUCCGUCAUCCAGACCGCCUGCAAACACAUCCGAAACGGAGACCCCAUGAUCCUGUCCUGUCUGAUGGAGCAUCUGUACACUGAUAAGAUGGUUGAAGACUGUGAACACAGACUGCUGGAGCUGCAGUACUUCAUCUCCAGAGACUGGAAACUGGACCCCAUGCUGUACAAAAAGUGUCAGAAUGACGCUGCCCGCAUCUGUCACACUCAUGGCUGGAAUGAGACCAGCGAGUUCAUGCCGCCCGGAGCCGUCUUCUCCUGUCUGUACCGACACGCCUACCGCACUGAGAUGCAAGGACGACGGGGUUCAUCAGAAACUUCUGAAGUAGAUUCGGAAGUGAGUUUGGAUUUGUCUCGAGACUGUAAGACGGAGGUUCAGCGGAUCCUCCACCAGCGGGCCCUGGAUGUGAAGCUGGACCCAGAGCUGCAGCAGCGGUGCAUGACGGACCUCGGGAAGUGGUGCAGUGAGAAGACUGAACCUGGACAGGAAUUGGAUUGCUUGCAGGAUCAUUUAGAGGAUCUGGUCCCUAACUGCAGGGAUGUGGUGGGAAACCUCACAGAAUUGGAGUCUGAGGACAUUCAGAUCGAGGCGUUGUUGAUUCGAGCCUGCGAGCCUGUGAUCCAGUCCUACUGUCAUGACGUGGCCGAUAAUCAGAUAGACACGGGGGACCUGAUGGAGUGUCUCGUUGCCAAUAAGCACCAGAAGGAAAUGAAUGAGAAAUGCACAGUGGGAGUCACGCACUUCCAACUGAUCCAGAUGAAGGACUUCCGCUUCUCGUACAAGUUCAAGAUGGCCUGCAAGGAGGACGUGCUCAAACUGUGCCCCAACAUCAAGAAGAAGGUGGAUGUGGUGAUCUGUCUGAGUACCACAGUAAGAAACGACACUUUACAGGAGGUCAAAGACCAGCGAGUUUCCAUGAAAUGUCGCAAGCAGCUCCGAGUGGAAGAACUGGAGAUGUCGGAAGACAUUCGCCUGGAGCCGGAUCUGUACGAGAGCUGUCGGCAGGACAUCAAGCAGCACUGUCAGAACGUGGUCUUUGGAAACGCUCAGGUGAUCGAGUGUCUGAAAGAAAGCAAGAAGCACCUGACCCCGCAGUGCCAUCAGAAGGUCUUCAGACUGCAGGAGACCGAAAUGAUGGACCCAGAGCUUGACUUCCAGCUCAUGAGAGUCUGCAAGCAGAUGAUCCGGCGUUUCUGCAGCGAUACAGAUGCAAAGAACCUGUUACAGUGUCUCAAACAAAACAAGAACAGCGAGCUAAUGGACCCUAAAUGCAAACAAAUGAUUACCAAGAGACAGAUCACCCAGAACACAGAUUAUCGCCUGAACCCUGUGCUGAGAAAGGCUUGCAAAGCUGACAUCCCCAAGUUUUGCCAGAACAUUCUGAACAAAGCCAGAGACGACAACGAGCUGGAGGGACAGGUCAUCUCCUGCCUCAAACUCAAAUACGCAGACCAGCGUCUCUCUCCAGACUGUGAGGGCCAGAUCAGCGUCAUUCUGCAGGAGUCAGCGCUGGACUACAGGCUCGACCCGCAGCUGCAGCUUCAGUGCAGUGAGGAGAUCCCGCGGCUCUGUGCGGAGGAAGUAGCGGCGCAGGAGCAGACGGGUCAGGUGGAGGAGUGUUUAAAAUACAACCUGCUGAAGAUCAGCCAUGAGGGCUGUAAAAAGGAGGUGCUCAACAUCCUGAAGGAGAGUAAGGCAGAUAUCUUCGUGGAUCCAGUUCUGCACACAGCCUGCGCGCUGGACAUUAAGCACCAGUGUGCUGCUAUCCCGCCGGGCAGAGGAAGACAGAUGUCCUGUCUAAUGGAGGCUCUCCAAGAUAAGCGUGUGAGACUCCAGCCUGAGUGUAAGAAGAGAUUACAGGACCGCAUUGAUAUGUGGAGUUACGCCGCCAAGGUGGCGCCAGCAGAAGGUUUCUCCGACCUGGCCGGGCAGGUUUUCACGUCUCCUGCCAAGACCUACAUCCUGAGCAUGCUGGCGAUGUGCGUGGCGCUGCUCUUCCUCAUGGGCCUGCUGUGCGGCCGCAUCACCAAGCGCGUGACGCAGGAGUUGAAGGACAGGUAGAGAGGGGGUGCAGGGCGGGGGAAGGGUGUUUCCGCUCCCCCUGCGGGGCGAACAGCCCAUCGCGCCCCAUACGCGCCGCUCUCCGUCCUGGGCCGGGGAAGGACACUGGGGUUGCUGAAGCAAACUUGACGGAGGGGGGCGGGUGUUUAGACUCGUGCUGUGUGUGCAUUUUCGUGGUGCCACCAACGGCCACAUAGGGACCCAGUUUUAAUUGCUACACACACUCUAUUUUUUUUUUUUUUUUUUUUUUCCUGACUGUGCUUGUCCUACAUCGUCACCUGCUUCUCUGAGUAAACCUGCCUGCCGCGGACCCUGCAAGCAUCCUUUCUGACCUCCAAUCAGCUUCCUUCAACUAAUAUCACAAAGACUUUGUUUCGCUUUCCAGCUAAACAUUUUUAUUUAUUGUUGACGCUCGGAUGUUUUGGAUGCGCAGGAGGUUUUGCUUUUGUUUUCCUUUCGUUUGCAGGGAUUGUUGAGCGCAGUUUUUGACGUCCAUGUUUUAGGAAACGGCCUGUUUACUGAAGAUGUGCAUAUUGACAAAGAUGGAGCGAUUGAACGAAUGCGUGUUUGUGCCUUUUUGCCCGUCCGAGUGAGAGAACUUGUGUUUGUUUUGUGUGACUGACUGUUUUUGGUUUUAUCAUGGGCUUCUUGUUUAUUUUUCUUCAUGUCACUGAGAACAUUCUUUUUACCCAUCUUUCUUUGCAGCAGGGGCUAUAAAUAUUUGCUUAUUUUGUCUUUCGGUUGAUUUAUUUCAGUAGGGGAGGGUUUCUGCGUCAUGAAGUGUUCACACCAGAGAACUGGUCUAAACUGAGCCACAAGAUUUACAGUCCUGAGUGUAGAAAAUGGAUGAGAAAGAUCCAAAUGGCAAUAUGGCAAAUCUGAGGGCGACGGUUGAUUCUGCACUACGUGUUUAUACUGGCCGCAUUACGACGUCAGGCUGUUCAUGAUGGCUGUGGUACGAUCGCCUCGUCUGAGCUUGAUUCAUGUUUUCAUUGUGCCAUUCUGACACUCCGCCAGCUUAACACAUCCAUACAGAGAGUUUUCUGUCCGAUCGAAGUCACGUUUUGACCAUUCGCCCACAUUGUAGAUGUCAUUUUCGAUUCUUCUCUCAAUGCCUUGCUCGUAUGUCGUUGGGUUUCCAGACACGUCUAGGCCGGUUUUAGGGCAAUUGUUGGUUUUAAGCUCUUUGUUUUGUACACGUUUUUUGAAAUAAGCUCUCUUGACAGUCGGUCCAUCUCCUCUGUGGCUUGAAAACAACAUUUUAAGCUCAGUGCUGUCCAUAAUUGCCACAGUUUCAGCUUUAUCUUUAUCGUUUUUCCAUUCGCAGCCAUUGAUUUUUGUUGAGUUUUUCCUCAUGUGCUCAAACAAAACACCAGUUAUUGUCGACUAACUUGCUACUCGACUGGAUUCGUAGCUUCUAAAUUCUUUACUCUGAAUCACUGAAGGCUUUAAUGCAUAAACCCCCAUAUUUUUACUCCAUUGACACUAAAUUUCACUCUCUGGAGUGACAUUAUACUAAUUAAAGCGUAACGGAGCUGUAAUCUUACAGUCCCUGUGCAUCUCUGCCUUUUAAAUUAAUUUGGAUUUUGUAUUAUUGUUAUAUUUGUAUGCUUUUGUACAAAAUGACAUUAAAGUGGACUUUGGUUAUAGUGUUCGUGCAUUCAAGCUGUGCUUUAAGAAUCUGAAUCCAUGUCAUAAUGCUGUACUGUCCGUACUGUAAAUAGCUGUAUGAUUUUAAUAGAGGAUUGUGGGAUCUCACAAACUCUGCCUUAACUUUGGCAUUUCUUCUUUUCUUUGCAGAAGCCUUGAUCAGCCAUGGGUUGCUCCUAUAAGCAAGAACAGGAAAGGAUACAUACCCAUUCACUAACAAAAAUAGCCGCUUUUAUUCAAACCAGAUCAAAUGGCUUGUGAUUAAUAUGCUUCUGUA